CGCUGCUCGCUCUCAGAAAGCAGCCUUUCCGUUCCAUAAAUCGAACUGACUCUGCCAAAACUGAAUGUUUCGUGGCAGCGUUGGUUAUAUGAACUCCAACCUUGUUGUUAGAGGAUGGCUACGUAGAAUAUGAAAAUGAAUCUGAAUCCCGAAAGUUAAACACCCCAUCAAGAUGUCGCAACCCUCCGGCGCAGGCCUACCGAAUCAGAACCCCCACGGCACCGGUGGGGGUGGGGGCCAGCCACCGGGAGGUCAGCAACAACAGCACGGCAUGCAGCAACCUCAGUUCGGAUUUGGGCAGCAACAUCAGUUGCACCAGCAGCAGCAAUUUCAACCUGGUCAGCAACAGCAAAUGGCACAUCAACAGCAGCAACAGCAAAUGGCCUACCAGCAGCAGAUGGCACAUCAGCAGCAUUUCGUGCAACAGCAGCAAUUUCAAUUUUCGCAGCAACAGCAAAUGGCGCAGCACCAGCAGCAGAUGCAGAUGUCGCAGCAGCCUCACAGUGGUGCACCAGGGCAGCAACCGCAAGGAUUUCCGCAAAGUCAGCAGGCUCCUGGGUACGGGCAAAUGCAGCAGCCCUCAUCGGGCUCUUCGAGCUUCGGACAGCAAGUUCCACCGCAAUUCGUGCAGCACCAACCCUCCCAGUUCGCUUCUGCUGCGCACCAAGGCAGCCAAAUGCCGCAGACACCUGUUGCAGCCAACCAGUCACAGUUUGCAAGCGGGACGAGCAGUGCUUCCUCAUCAAGUAGACCAUUUGGCGCGCCAGCAGUUUCGUCAGGACAUCAACCGCAACAGCAGACGGGUCAUCAACCGCAGCAGGCGGCGAUAUCCGCGCAGCAGCAGUCUGCGCCAGCGCUUCCUCAAGCGCCAGAUGUCAGCGUGAUGCAGCAGCAAAUGCAGGCAAUGCAGCGGGAAAACGAGCAGCUGAAGCAGAAUGUGAUGCUUUAUCAAAAGCACGCGAUGGACCAGCAGAGCAGCCAAGCGACGUUCCAAGCCCAGCAGCAAGAGGCGCUGCAGGUUCUCCAGAAAGAAAACGAGCAGCUGAAGCAACAGAACGAGGAGAUCGCGAGAAAAGCUGCACAGGAGCAGCAAGCUGCGCAGGCUCUGAGGCAACAAACCACCGUCGAGAGUCAAGCCCAGCUUUUACCGCAGGAACCGAUGCUGCGACAGGGCACGCAGAUGGCCGUUGACGUUUUACGCGAUUUCGCGGAGGGAAAGGCUCCUCACGUCGCCGAAAUGGGCGCAUCGCAAGUAGACCUGCCGAAAAUCGAGCCCCCGCCCGGCGCACACUUUGGUCUCGAGGAUUUCUCCAGAACGCGGAUCAAAAGUGAGGACGUGAUUCGGCCCCCGGACGACAUGCUCGCGGUAACGGAAAACAACCUCCGCGGCAGGAAAGCGCGACGUCUCUUGCAGGUGGUCGAAGGCCUGCAGACGUUCUUCCAGGAGCACUCCGAGCUCCCCUUUGACCACGCGGUGAAGCUGCGGUCCAUUCUCGAGCCGCUGCGAAAGUGGGAGGCGGAAUUUAGGAAGCAUUGUUCGACGGUAACAGUCCAUGACACUCACAGCGACGACGAGAAGGAUCAGGACGAGGACGACACCAGCGAUGGCGCGGUGGAGAAGAUUGACAGCACCGACAGCAAAAGGGAUGUCUUCAAGACCUCCUUCAGUCUAAUAGAAAAUCUUCUUUUUCCUCCUCAAGACUUCAACGAUACCAGUGCGAAAACAACGAGCAACGACACCAGUACUAGAAGAGAAAAGCAACAAAUCCGUGACAAAGAGGUGGAAGAAAAAUUCCACAUGUACUACUUCGAUUCCACGGGCGAGGAGCCGUUGGUUCCGACCGUGCCCGAGGGGUUUCACCUCAGAUUGGAGCCAGUCCUGCUCGAUGUGCUGCAGAAGACCCCCAUGCGGUUACUGUUUGUGGAGUUGCUGGACGUGCUGAAGGAGUACUUUCUCUACCUCGGAGACGUGGACCAGUCGGCUCGUCUGCGCGAUACUUUUAUGGAGAGCUUGAUCGCUCGCGUGCACGAGUUUUACCUGGCGGACUACUUGACGCCACUGGACCGCACCAUGUUUCUCCAGUUCGAGACGCAAAUCCUGACCAUGCUCCACGCGUGCCUCGGAGCGGACACGCCAAGAGGGGCGGCGAGGCUUGUGCAGUGUUGCUCCUUUGAGGAUAUGGGGUCCUACUUUCUCGGCGAGCGACUUGGGGCGAAGCUCGAGGAGGAUGAGUGGGAAGCCAAAGAUUCCGUUCGGAGAAAAAGUCCGAGACUUUCUUUUCGGGAUGGAACGAUAGCUGCGCUGCAAGCAAAGAUGGAUGGCGUCUUCCCGGCCGGAGCUUUCGACAGAGCCACGCGCAACAAUCGAAUUGCAGGGUCGUCGUCUGUUCUGAAUCUCAGAAGUAAAUAAACAUAGCUCAUCUUGUAAAUACACACAGCUCAUCUUUCAUUGACUAGAAGUAGAGUUUUUGUUUAUUCUCUUUGGAGCGUUGUCGUCCUUGCUUUGUUUUGCAGAGUCUGUUAUUCUUGCCGUUUUCAAACCAGGCCACUCCAACUAAUUUUCUCACUCAAUUCUCCUCCAAGGUCCCUCUCGCUCCCAGCCACGCACGCACGCCUCAAUCGUGGAAACACGACGGAAGCGCAGAGAGGCGAGGAGAAUGGGUGGACGAGGCCGGGAACCGCCAGGGUCCUCCCCGGUCCGGGGAAGGAGAAAAACGCCCUCCUACCUUGAAAAAAUCGGUCGCCGCAAGCCCCGACCCGGGCAGCACAGGUGCAUGGAGAUGGGUCGGUAUCUGUUGCGCGAGCAGGACUGGUUGCCAGAAACGCCUCUCUUCAGCCCCGUGGAGGAGGGAUACAGCGGCCCGCUGCAGUUUGGUAGUAACGUAACACACGCCCUAAAAACUUCAUACAGCAAUAAUAGUGGCACCAGCACGCGCAGCGCUUCGGUAAACGACAUGCACAAGCUUUCGACGGCGUGGAAGUCCCGGCAGUUUCGCAUACGCAGCAAUCUGCGCGAAAACGAGACGGGAAACCCACUAGGAACGGUUGUGCGGAGGAAGGAUGAGGACCACAAGAUUGGAGAAUUCUUAAUUCCGAAAGUGAACAUCGAAAUUCUCUGUGCCGUCCGGGGCCAGCUGAUUUUGUUUGCGGACAACGCGAAAACGCUGGAGGAGUCACAGUUUUACACCGACAUGCUGGACCAGAUUGUGGACUGGGAGUACAUGGAUCCGACUAGUCCGUUGACCUUUCAAAGACUCGAUUUUUACCUGAAAAACCGCCCCCCGCCGGAAAUCGGCGAACGGCAAAAAUUCGGGAUCGUGCGCUCGCUUUUGUGCUUGAUGCUGCGCGGCCUGAGGCACCCGAACCGGAACACGUGGGCAAAAAUUGAGCUGUUCUGCGGCAUCUGUGAGCUAUAUCCGCACAUGAUGCAACACAUUUACGAGCACUACGCGGACCUGUUCAUGCAGUUCAGUAACAUGCUUGUCAUCGGCCGCGUAGGAGGCGAUCGCUAUGACAUCUCAGAGCGAAUGCAGCAUACAGCCUUGCUCGUGAUAAGGUACUGUUCUUUUUGUGCCAGUUGUGAAUGGAAUAAGAGAGUACGUUUAGUUCGGCUCGCAUCUGUUCGGUAUCGAGCAAGACGUGCAAUUUACUUCAAUUUUUUUUUUCAAUCCCCAGGCGUCUGAUGCGUAUCAUGGAAGGCGAAGAGGCGGCUGGCGCAAUUCUGGUGCUCCACUUUAAGACCGGCGGCGACACGAUCCUUCAGCGGGUGUACAACCUGGCGCACUACGAAAUCCUUGCUGGGCGCAUGCUGCAGCCGGUGUGUGGCGUUUGUCUGGACAUCAUCAUUCGCUUUUUGAAGAGGAAAAAGAUGAAGUCGGUCGGAAAAAACUGGCGACUGCUUCCCUGCAUAAUCGUUGCGCUGCAAAAUUCCAUUGCUAAGCUGGAGCAAAUGUUAGCGUCGCCGAUUCCCGAGGAGGUCUUCGAUCGCGAGCCGGAACCGCCUGUCGCCCGACACCUGGCGCGCGUCAAACUCAACCUCGCUGCGCUCACGAAAGUGGCACAACGCAACAGCAAGAGUGCGCGCGACCGGAGCAGACGGGCUCGGAAAGAGCGGGAAGAGGCGAUUGACAGGACGAAAAUAAUCGUGCAAGCUGCGGCGCUGAUGGAAGAAAGGGAGGCCGAAAAGGCCAAGGCGGAGAUGAGAGCCGAAGUGAAAGCUGAAGUGCAAGCUGAAGAAAAAGAAGAGGAAGAGCCUGCGCUCCUGCCAACCACCCCAAUAUAACAUAUCCAUAUACCCAUAGUGGCGACGUUUGAUGUUGCUAUUGCAAACGCCUUUUCAUCCAUGCGGAAAAAUAUCCUCAACAUGAAACUGGAAAAAUUCAAAUCUAAUGAACAAUCGGAAAACAAUUUCAAUUCCUAGGAUUGCGCUACACUCGUCUCAUUCCACCAUCGCGCUACACCCCACUUAAAUCUGAUGAACAAGUACAGUAUAUUGGAUGUCUUGCAAUUGUAAAACGAGAUCAAAAUCAUCAUGAGCGAGUCGAGAUCGAGCCGUGCAUAUGAAUUACUUUACAAGCACACGAGGAGAGAGCGACAAAGAAUCAAGAUCAUGGUUUACCGCAGCCCAGAUGUAAUAUGUCCGGAAAGACAUGUGACGACAUGGACAUGCACUUGCUCUGCUGCGCGUUUUUGAUGCCAGAGCUACUUUUGUGCUCUCCUUUUCUUAGAAAUGAACAUUGACUCCUCGUUCUUUAGCAGCGCUUUGCGAGAUGGACAUAUCACGCGCACUUCUAUGUGGGGUCGUUGGAAGGUGAAAGGUUGCAGAAGAACAAUCUUUUUACUGCCAGCAGCCUCUGCUGACAUGCUCAUACAUUGGUCAGAAAUUAUCCCACCCCAAAACAACUCCCAUCCGCAGUUUUCGCAAUGACAGUACGUGCCCUUUUUUCAAAGACGAUAAGUUGUGAAGAAGGUUGUAGGCGUAAUUUGAAUGAUUGUCACCACGCACCGGUAGGAAAAAAAAAAAAUGAAAAUUAUUGCUAUUUGCGGCGAUC